AUGCGAGAUAAAAUAAUUGAUUCUGAUUGGAAUAUCAUUGUUUUACCAUUUAAAGGAUUAUCAACUAAAAUUAAAUCUAAUACUAUACGAACAUGUAUUCGUUCACAAUUGAUUGAAAAUUAUGCUACUCGUUGGAUUAAACCUCAUUUACGUACUCCGGGUUAUUUGUAUGGCAAAAUUGAUACUCUUGAAAGAUGUUGUGGAUUACAUUCGAAUCCGGAAUAUUUUGCUUAUGGUAAUACCGAUAGUACUACUCAUAAACAACCUCUUUAUCGAGUAAGAUUCAAUCAGGAACAUAUCUGGGAUCAUUAUGAAGGUAGUGUUGAUGAUACAAUUGAUGUAGAAAUUUAUGAACAUUAG